AUGUCCAUUACUUCUUACGCUGCUGAUUUGAAAGCUGCUUUAAAGCAAUAUCCAAACUUCCCAAGUGAAGGUAUCUUAUUUGAAGAUUUCCUACCAAUUUUCACAGACGCUAAGACUUUUCAAAAAUUGAUUGAUGCUUUCAAGUUACAUUUGGCUGAAGCCUUCCCAAAUGUUAAGAUUGACUAUAUCAUUGGUUUAGAAUCUAGAGGUUUCUUGUUUGGUCCAUCUUUGGCUUUAGCCUUAGGAGUUGGUUUUGUCCCAGUUAGAAAAGCUGGUAAAUUACCAGGUGAUUGUGUCCAAGCUACUUACCAAAAGGAAUACGGUAGUGAUGUUUUUGAAAUGCAAAAAAAUGCCAUUCCAGCUGGUUCCAACGUUAUCAUUGUUGAUGACAUCAUUGCUACUGGUGGUUCUGCUAAAGCUGCUGGUGAAUUGGUAGAAAAAAUUGGUGCUAAAGUAUUAGAAUUUAACUUUGUUAUGGAGUUAGAUUUCUUAAAAGGUAGAGAUAAAUUACAAGCUCCAACCUUUACUUUAUUAAGUGGUCAAGAAGAAUCCUUGAAAAACUAA